ACUCAAACGUCACCAACCGUCAAGUCUCCCAUGGACUGUGAACCCUCGAGUCGCCUCUGAUUACACCAUGACGAGCGACGAUCAGCACUUUCUGAAUGUGCUGGCGGAGUACUCCAAGGACAUCCGCAACUUCACCGGCACGAUAUGGGACGCCAGCGAUAGGCAUUUUGCUUGGGUGGCUGGCUACGUCAAGAGGCGUGUCCCCGAGGGAUGGCUUCCUGAAUACGCUCGACCUCUUCCACCUCCUCCACCCCCGCAUCCUAUAACGGGUACCUACGUACAUCGCCUCGAAGACUGGGUUUCGAGGAAUCGAGCGUUAACAGCAGCUCUUACCGCUUUUGUUGGCACCGGCGGGUUCUUACUAUGGAGAGAAAGGAAAAAUCACAACCGGAAACGGAGAGCGCGGAGAGCCAGUAAUGGAGCAAGAAGGGAGGUUAUCGUUAUUGCCGGCCCCUUCAAUUCAGCCAUCACACGGAGCUUAUCCCACGACCUAGAAAGACGCGGAUUUAUCGUAUACAUCGUAUGUUCGAACAUGGACGAAGAACAACAAGUCUUGAGCGAGUCGAGAGCGGAUGUACGGCCGCUACACCUGGACGUAGUAGACACUAUGGGCACACAAGAAGCUAUCGAGCGCUUCAAUAACCUGCUCACGAGACCGCACGUUGCCUUUUCUGGAGCCAGUCCUCACAACCUCCAUCUUCGAGGCAUCCUUCUGGUCCCAGACCUCAUCUACCCCACAGGCCCGAUCGAGACUGUGUCUCCCGAGCACUGGUCCGAUGCUUUGAAUGCCAAAGUGCUCAAUACUAUUGCGGUGACUCAGGCGCUCCUACCAACUAUUUGCGAGUUCAAAUCGCGUGUUCUCAUGCUUACACCAAGUAUUAUUGCGUCGUUACGACCACCCUGGUGCGGAAGUCCCACCACCAAUUCUAUUCGAAUGUUCUUGCUGACAUUCGGAUAUGUGGAGACGACGAUUGUUAGUGCUCUCGAAGGCUUCCUAGCAUCUCUAAGGGCAGAGCUGGGCACGCUGGGAAUCGACGUAGUUCAGUUUCAUCUCGGCACGUUCGACUUGAGCAAUGCCGCAGGGCCAAAACACCAUCUUCAAACGAAGGCGAGUGGAAGUCCGCAUGCGUGGCCGACGUCGACUAGGGCGUUGUAUGGCGAUAAUUAUGUCAAUCAAACACGAGUCGCACACAACCGGGGGCUGCUCAACCAUACUGGUAGCUCCCUCCGGGAGUUGCACAACGCUGUAUUCGACGCGCUCACGCAGAAGCGGCCGCGGAAAGUUUGGCGCGUAGGUCGCGGCAGUGUGACAUAUGACCUCGUAGGCAACUGGGCACCUGCUGGUCUCGUUGGAUGGAUGAUGGGCUUGCGGCGCGUGUCGCUUGACACGGCAUCGAAGCCGAAGCUGGAGGAUAGCGUGCAGUUAUCGGACAGGAUGGGCGCGAUAGCUUAG